CGUAAACAAUACUUUUAAUUGUAACAUUCAACAAAUUUAGUCUAUCCUAGAUUUGAUAUUUUAUUUGUAACAUUCAGAUAGGCCAGAUAAGUUAGUAAUUCCUUAAUACACAUGUAGGGUGCAAAAAUCAAUAGUAUGUAUCACAAUGUCUGCCGUAUUCUCUGCUUCUCAUGUAAAACGUAUUUCAAUUUUCUACGCUUUUAUGAUAUUUAUGGUAUUUCAUUAAAUUUAUUAAUUUAAUGAUUAUUUGAAAGAACGCGUUCAAAUUUGAAACCAAACCUAAAUGUAAUAAGUUAAACUGUGAGACAUUGUAAAAUCGACAUAUUUAAGUGGUGCUCUUGAAAAGGGAAUUGUUAAACGAUGGAUAAUCAAGGAUUAGGAUAUUCCUAUCAUUUACCAUCUGCUGGAUGGAAUCUUAAAAUUAGAAAUGCAUUAUCUCAAUUUAGUGAUCUUUUUAGCGAAUUUAACAAAUACAUUGCACCAGCAUAUCAUCAUGAUCGUUGCGAAAGAUCUGUGCAAAUGCGCUUAUAUUCUAUGCACAAAAGAGAAUUUGUCAUGGUAUUCAUUGGCUUUUUUGCCUGUUUUGGAUUGUCCGUGUUCAUUGGGCUUACUGGUCCGCCAAUAACUUCAACAAGUGAACAAAAAGCACAUCUCAAUGGAAGCGAAAUGGCAACUGGACCAUUUAGAAUGAAGACGCCAGCUUUAUCGCCUUAUAGUCAACAAUUAUGGGUCAUUGCUAAAUUAUCUACGUUAAAUAAUGACGAUGAAAGAUACGAUAAAAGUUUUCAAGUAAGCGUUUCAAUAGAAGGCAUUAGUAUUGAUCAUAAGCGUAUUCCUAUAUUGGAAGCUGGACAUACAAGAACAAGACAUUUGAAAUGUGAGAGACAAUCUUGCGAGGAGCUUGUUGUGGCUCAUCUUGGAUUUUUAGAUUACACCUACUAUAUAAUAACUGUGCAUUUUCAUGGACUUGAAAGCUUUCAUCAACGAUAUACAAUACGAGAUCUCACAUUCUACUUUAAAAAUUACAAUCCUGCGUUCACACAAAUUGAGAUAUGGUUUCGACUGAUCUUCUUGUUGACUACUUUUGGAGUAAUGUGUUGGUUCGGUCACUCGCUAAGAAAAUAUUCAUUACAUGAUUGGUCAAUAGAGCAAAAAUGGAUUUCUAUUCUUCUUCCAUUAUUAAUUUUAUAUAAUAAUCCUUUAUUUCCUAUGACAUUUUUAAUAAACUCUUGGGUACCUGGAAUGCUCGAUGCAAUACUACAAACAACUUUUUUAUGUGCUAUUCUCAUGUUCUGGCUUUGCGUUUAUCAUGGUCUUAGACAGAAUGAAAGGAGAUUGAUCACUUUUUAUUUGCCAAAAAUGUUGGUUGUUGGUCUUCUAUGGGCGGCAGCUCUAACAUUAGCAACAUGGCUUCGUUGUACCGAAUUAGAAGAUCCAACAUAUAAUUAUGUUCUUGAUACAUCAAAUUAUUAUGGUUUCAAAGUAUUCUUCUUUACAGUUGGUGGUUUUUACAUUGCAUAUCUUCUUCUACUUAUACUUAAGGCAUAUAGCGAACUAAGAUCUAUGCCAUAUUUUGAUUUACGAUUAAGAUUUUUAACAUUACUUGCUGGAGUAGUUGCUGGUGUUUGCAGCUUAGUUACUUCUCGUCAAUUUGGUGCAGGUGUUCUCGAAGAUAGUUUUGCCUCGCGUCUUUCUACAUAUUAUAGCACAUCGGCACAAUUUAUGGCUUUGUAUGGCCUUCUCAAUUUUUAUUUGUAUACAAUGGCAUACGUUUAUGCUCCAGCAUUACAACAAGUCUAUGGACAACAUUCAUCCAUAAUGAAAGAUAAUCCUGCUUUUUCGAUGAUAAAUGAUUCGGAUGAAGAAGUGAUAUAUGGAUCGGAUGAAGACAACAGACGACUGUUAACACGUUUAUCAAAAAAUGGAGUAGACAGUGAUUGAAUAAACACUAUCAAUAGAAUAAAACAAUUAUAUAAAAAUAAUUGUAUCUAAUGAAGUGAAAUGUUGAUUGGCAGGCAAUUUUUGUAAAUUUUACAAAAAUACUGCCUUUUAGGUAUGGAAAAGGUAAUAUGAGAUAAUUGAUUUAAAAAAAAAGAAAUAAAAAAUACAUUUUUAUUAUUAAUAACAAAAAAAAAACUUAAUUGCAAUUUACAGACUGUACAUAUGCCUUCUUGGAUUUUGGUAUUAAUCUAUAUAUUAUAAUACAAGAAAAGAAAAGAAUCAAUAAUCUAUUCGCGUUAAUCUGUUAUUAUUCUCUAGCAGCAUUCACGAAUAAAUAAUGAACGAGAUAAAAACAAUAUAGAAAUGAUUAGCAAAAGAAACAGAAAAUACUUCAACUUCGUGGAUGCCUAUAUGAUUGUGUAUUGCAUUAGAUCAUUUAUAUGAGUUAUCAAUAAUUUAUAUUGUUAAAAUAAGUUAUCAAAUAUUAGUACAAAUUAAUAUAUGUUUUAUGCUC